GGAAUUUAAGUUGUUAAUUGAAACAAGCUAGCUUCAUUAAUGUACUAGAGUUCAGAGAAAAAAAAACCCCUUAUAUAUACGGGAUACAUGGCUGGGUCUUACUGGAGACAUCCAUGGCCCACUUUUUUUCAAAGGUUUAUUUUCCAAAACAGGUCAAGUCUUCCCACAAAACAGAAACGCCCUUGGGGAUGGAAACUACCUGUGCUCAGCACAGAAGUCCAGUUGCCAAUUGAAGCUGUUGGUUUAUCAUGUGCUAAUUUUCUUUUUGAGCAGGUAUUUCCUUUUAGUGUAUAACUUCCUUUAGGAGCAGAAAAACUGGAGUGCAUUGUGACCAAGCAUGUUGUUAGCAUGGCGUCUGACACUUUGGGUCUCUAGCUUCUGUGUAGUUUCAGAAAACUCACCUACCUCAAAGCUGUAACUCAUCUCCCAAGCAUAGUAUGUAUGGAAAAUAGUAGGUUCCAAGUGAAUAGUCAUUUUCMAGAUAACAUUGUAAGACUAAAUCUGUUCUUCUUUUUAAUGAAAUUUYACAUUGUUGCCUUAUUAGAAUCUCCUUGAUGUCCUCAGUUUUCUGGACUGCAGUGCUAUCAAAGACACCUUUGAUGGCUUUAGAGGAGAGGAAAACUUCCAAGUCUGGAGCUGCUUCAUCAAUUACCUAUUUCUUUCUCACUGCCAAGGAUGUAAAUCUGAUACAUUACUCACGARUGUAGAGCUUCCAACUCCUUUUUUCUUUCUCUCUUUCCUAUCUUUGAGAUCUAUUGGCUAGGUGUGUCGAUUUACAUAAUUGAUUCUAAUCACUUCUACUUCUCACAUUCCCCCUUGCUAUUAGCUGGUGUAAUAAUUUUGAAACCCCUUGAUUUGUAACUCAGAAUAUCCCUAUAGUAACCAGGUAUUAAAGUGCCUGAGCURGGUACUGCAUUGCUAUCUGGGAGGAUUGCUAUCUCCACAAACACCAAGGCUUGUGUAGUUUGGCUUACGGUUGUUCAGGUAUAAAUUCUGACCUUUUAUUAUGUUUAAAAUAGUGAAUGAUUCACUUCUUUAGACAUGUUUUUACUUGUGAUUUGUAUGAAGCUGCCCUUGGAUGGAAAUAGGAAUUUGAUUGAAAGUGCACAAAAUUAGUAUUUAAAGUGCUUUUUUAAAAAAUUAGUUAGAACCAGAUUAAAUAAAUUGAAUGUCCAGGAGUAUAAGUUUUGGUUGUUGGGUUUUUAAAUUUUUUCUUGCAGGCAUAUGGAAGAUGAAGUAUGUUUUUGAAAGUGUGAAUUCUAGUUAGUGAAGUUAGAAUUCAAGGGGUCUUCAGAUGGCUGAAGAUGCAGAYGGGAACCUGUGACACUUUCAUAGAUCUUUUACAUUUUUUCCAGCAGUUGAUGGGAAGUUGGGCAUCUGAUCUGACUUUUAGAGGACUUUUCAGUGUAUCAAAAUCUCAAAAAAAGCCCUAAAACAAAAGAUGCCUAUAUAUAUUUUGCCCCUCUUAUGAUUUGAGGGGAAAAUUAUUUUUUUAAUAAGUCCAGUUGAAGGAUGUUGUAUCUAUAUAUCUAAUAUCUUUCCCUACCAAAUUGGCAAUGGUCAAUAUAUCUAUUCCAUGUUACACAUUGAAGUAUAAGAGCUAGCACCGUCAUGUAUGUAAUGCAGUAUAUAUAUCUCUGUUUAUCAAUCUUUGUCUGACCUCAGAAAAUAAACAGUUUCAAGGAAGGCAAUUAAUAGCCUAUCCCAUAACUCAUUAACAUUUGAUGACUAAUUUUUUGAAUGGUCUCAUUCAGAUUUGAAGUACAUGAACAAGUGUUAACAAGCCACCUCAUUAAAAUACUUAAGCGAAAGGGAAUAAUUACUUAAAAACAAACCCUCUUAUCAACGUGUUACUUAACAUUUCUCUCCAGCUUGAUAGGGAGGUACUUUGUAUCACCCGCUGAUUACUUGGUUUCAUUUGCAAUGCAGCAUCCUGUGGCCUUCUAGCAGCUACCUGCCAGUCCUGUUCUGGAUAGCUGGCUUCCAAGAAAUUACCCAGAACAAAAUGGUCACUCUGGUGACAUCGUURAAGGGGAAAGUCUCAUUCCUACAACUGGUAUUCAGGGAUUAUUUUUAUUGUAUCGGGAUWUCAGUUUAGGAUAUGAAGCCAACUUCAGCCAUAAAUCUUUUCAUCCAUAARUUUGAAAUAUCCACAGCUGCAUAGUUAUUGAAGCUACAGCAGACAGUAGGGCAUCUGUAGACAUUYUCUCAAGUCCAUAGCUUUUGAUUUAUCUCAGAUCCAAGAACUGUACACCAACCAGGCACAGUGCAGUGAGAGAGAUGUUGGAUGGGGACUGGGAAAUGCUAAGCCUCUUGCAUUUCUCCUUUGGAAGUACAUGGCUUUGGGCAAGCUGCUUCUUAUUUCAAUGCCUCAGUUUUUCAGCCUCUAAARUGAGGAGAGUACCUCCUUUAAAAUUGUCUUGAAUUCUCCAGAGAUGUGAGRCAGGUAGGUAAUCUUGGAUGAUUUUCCAGGCACUAAAUGAUUUUCCUACCACUUAUCCUAAUGUUUUGAACAGAUUCACUUCUCUUGGGCAAAUGACAAUAUAAAUUAUGGCAAUUUUGGACCAGAAAUCCAUAGAUCGUUGACUAUGUACUUCCAUUAUGGAAUAUAUAUACAUUUUUAUAUAUGUAUUUUUGUUACAAGGGAAUGGGAUGUGACUCCUGACUUUGUGACAAAUAUGAAACKUUGUUCUUUAGCAAAUGGUUAUUGUUGGCAGCAAAGCACAGUAUGGAUGUGGAAAGCAGAAAUCGUGUACAUUGCAUGUUCCUACUGUGUGCAGUUCCCUGGAAUAUACAACAGAUGGUUUCCUGUAAACCAAGGACUCCAGCUUUGUAAAUGUACAGUUCAGAGGUGAUCCACAUCACAUAAAUGUUCUGCAACAGRACUCCUGUCAUCUCCUCAAUCUUUUCUGCUACUGAGGGUCGUACUCAAAUGUUCCAGUUAUUUAUAGUAAUUAAUUUCACAGUUUCAACUUGGCUUCUGCUGAACAGGUCUGCUUUUUCAGUUAUUGACUGUCAGGCGCACGCUGCCAAAAAUGUUUUUAAUCUUACUAGCAGGUGUAUAUCAAUUUCUCUACGCCAUCCUUGACUGGUUUUGGUACCUAAUGACUGAAUGAAUGCAUAAUAAUUUGCUUCUUUUUUUCCUGUUUCUGAAUAAAUAUUUAUAUUCUUUACAGUUACAUCAGAAAAGGAAGUUAUGGUAUCAAUGAGUUCUUUUGCUAAAGUUUAGUAUUACUGAUGCUCUGCCCAAACAGAGCUUAAUCCACCAGCUUGUAUUGUUCUUGAAACUUUACUCCUAAGCCAGGAAAAACAAUGCUGCAGAGAGACUCGGGAUACCAGCAAAACCACAAGCUAUUUAUUUCCGUGGGCCUAGCACACUUAGGAAGUCUGUGCGCCUCUGUUGCUGUUUAAAGUUCAGUGCAAAACCUGUCAGUGGGUUGGAUUGCAUGGUGAGCUGUUCUCAGAGUACUGGGAGAGCGGGCAAUAGUGCAGAGAUGGGAUGCACACUGACUUGGUGGAAAGAAGCUGUGACCUGAAGGAGGUCAUUGCUUUAGAUGGAGCAGCAUCUCUAUAUCCUCAAUAUAUUUAUGGUUUAGUGACUUCAGAGGUGACCUGAAACUUAAAGGUCUUCAGUCAAGACUUGUGCCAGUGUCUUAUUGUAGCACACGGUGGUAUCUACUCCUUCCCCCAAAUAUUAGCACCUUUUCUUUUUGCACUGUUUUCCAGUUUAACGACCAGAGAAAACUAAGUGUUUGAGAUUCCUGUUUGUGUAUAUUUAUCACUGAAAAAGAAAAAAGAUCAGGGACACUAAAUUAGUAGUAAUUAARGUGGCAUUAAUUUAACAUAUCUGUUUCAAGUGAGUGAAUGUUGAAAGACAGCUGUUUCUGAAGUAUAUUACAGGGCUGUGUUGAAAUAAUAGAUCUUUGAUGUGGCUGGCAGGUAUUUCUACAGCCUUUGUCUCACACUAAAUCUUGGGUGAAGUGACAUUCCUUAAAUUCCACACAAAAAUACAAGUUGUUUCUGCAUUCUCUGUUCAUCAUGACCAGUAGUGAUAAUGAUAUCUUAGACAUAAGACAAACAUGUCCUGGUUAUUCCUCAGUUUUGGAAUGCAGAGGAACUGUGCAAGAUUAAAUAAAUCUGGAAGCAUUUGAUAGCUGUAGUACUCUGGUGCCCAUUAUGAUGGUAAUUUUACUGUCACAACUAUCCCAUGCUUAAUUAGGUUUUUGUGUUCACUUGGAAGAUGAAAUAAAACCUGACCCCAUUUUUCAGAGGAGGAGAAAUGUCCAAACAAGAAAAUAGAYUUUGGUAGCCACUGUAGGUGUUUUGAGCCCUGCUAUUCCAGCAGGGAAUCCCUUUGCUCCUAUUAUUUCCUUAUUUUACUUUUCUCCUGUGUGCAGCAGUGAAGCUUACCUGGCUGUAUGGAAAUUACUUGGAAGGAAAAAAACCAGAAUGUGAAAUAUUAAUAGUCAAUCAAGUGCAGCCACUGAUCACGAGAUGUUACCACGAAAUCUACCUCAGACUUCACUUUUGCUCAUUCAUUUGCUGCGUCAUAGAUUUCAACGGGAGCUCUGCAGACACUCUUGAAAGUCUCUGAACAGAUUGGGACAUCAAGUCAAAGCAUGAUGACCUAAUAGGAGGUCAAAGUCUCAAACAUUGAUUCAGCAGUUCAAGAUAACACUGCCCUUUUUAUCAGUAUCACUUCUGAAGGCUACAGACCUCCCGCAGUUUCUUUCGUGGCUACUUCAGAAACACUCAACUGACCUUUCUUUGGUGAAGAGAUCUUGACUUUUCUCUCUGGUCCUGGAAAUAUUAAUGGAAUACAGUCAUGUCUACCCAGGACGAGAGGCAGAUAAAYACAGAGUAUGCUGUAUCCUUGCUGGAGCAGUUAAAAUUCUUUUAUGAACAGCAGUUGCUAACUGACAUAGUGUUGAUUGUGGAGGGCACUGAAUUUCCCUGCCACAAGAUGGUUCUUGCAACAUGCAGCUCAUAUUUCAGAGCAAUGUUCAUGAGCGGGCUGAGCGAGAGCAAACAAACACACGUACAUCUGAGGAAUGUGGAUGCAGCCACUCUGCAGAUCAUCAUCACUUAUGCAUACACGGGUAACUUGGCAAUAAGUGACAGCACAGUAGAGCAGCUCUAUGAAACUGCCUGCUUCUUACAGGUAGAUGAUGUGUUACAACGAUGUAGAGAAUACUUAAUCAAAAAGAUCAAUGCAGAAAAUUGUGUGCGUCUAUUAAGUUUUGCUGAUCUCUUCAGCUGUGAAGAGUUAAAACAGAGUGCUAAAAGAAUGGUGGAGCACAAGUUCACAGCUGUGUACCACCAGGAGGCUUUCAUGCAACUGUCACAUGAUCUACUGAUAGAUAUUUUAAGCAGUGACAAUUUGAACGUGGAAAAGGAGGAGACAGUGCGUGAGGCUGCUAUGUUAUGGCUGGAGUACAACACGGAAUCACGCUCGCAGUAUUUGUCCUCUGUUCUUAGCCAAAUCCGAAUYGAUGCACUUUCAGAAGUAACACAGAGAGCCUGGUUUCAAGGCUUGCCACCUAAUGAUAAAUCAGUGGUGGUGCAAGGACUGUACAAAUCGAUGCCCAAAUUUUUCAAGCCGAGACUUGGCAUGACAAAAGAGGAGAUGAUGAUAUUCAUUGAAGCUGCUGCUGAAAACCCUGGUAGUCUUUACUCUUCUGUCUGUUACAGCCCRCAGGCAGAGAAAGUUUACAAACUCUGCAACCCUCCCGCUGACUUGCAUAAGGUUGGGACGCUUGUAACUCCUGAUAAUGACAUCUAUAUAGCAGGUGGGCAAGUUCCUCUGAAGAACACAAAAACCAAUCACAGUAAAAGCAGCAAACUMCAGGCCGCCUUCAGAACUGUGAAUUGCUUUUACUGGUUUGAUGCGCAGCAGAACACUUGGUUCCCAAAGACGCCGAUGCUGUUUGUUCGCAUCAAGCCRUCCCUGGUGUGCUGUGAAGGAUACAUCUAUGCAAUUGGGGGAGACAGCGUCGGCGGGGAGCUCAACAGGAGGACUGUGGAGCGGUACGAUACCGAGAAGGACGAGUGGACCAUGGUCAGCCCCCUGCCUUGYGCGUGGCAAUGGAGCACGGCAGUGGCAGUUCACAACUGCAUCUACGUCAUGGCACACAACUUGAUGUACUGCUACUUCCCCAGGUCCGACGCCUGGGUGGAGAUGGCUAUGCGACAAACAAGCAGAUGUUUCGCUUCAGCUGCUGCUUUYGGCGAUAAGAUAUUCUAUAUCGGAGGACUGCACAUUGCCAGCAAUUCUGGUAUAAGGCUCCCCAGCAGUACUGUGGAUGGGUCUUCGGUAACAGUGGAGAUCUACGACGUGAAUAAAAACGAAUGGAGGAUGGCAGCCAGUAUCCCUGCCAAGCGCUAUUCCGACCCGUGCGUCAGGGCCGUCGUCAUCUCCAAUUCCUUAUGUGUCUUUAUACGGGAGACCCAUAUGAACGAGAGAGCCAAGUAUGCUACCUAUCAGUAUGACCUGGAACUCGACCGCUGGUUCCUGAGGCAGCACAUAUCAGAACGUGUGCUGUGGGACUUGGGGAAAGACUUCCGGUGCACUGUAGGAAAGCUGUAUCCAUCUUGCCUUGAAGAGUCCCCGUGGAAACCUCCAACGUAUCUCUUCUCACCAGACGGAGCUGAUGAAUUUCAGCUGGAUGGGGAGAUGGUUACUUUACCACCUGUAUAGCUCCCARAUUAGACUGCACAACCGUGCUCAUUUAUAAAAUAAUAAAAGGAAUAAAUGGCUGUGAAAGAACAGGUCUGGGAACAGAAAUCUCAGAGCUGUCUUUCGUGAGUUGUAUUUUUAUGCCCUACCUAACACUUGCCGCCAUUCAGUAUGAAUUAGUGAAAUGAGCAGAUAUGCUUCCAUAAUCUCAAAUACUAUUAUCUGAUAAUUGAGAAAAAUAUAUGUAUAUCAUAAGCUUAAGCAUCUGACUUGUCUAAAGAAUAAAUUCUAGUUCUAUAAAGUCUCGGUUCAGGAAAAUUAGCUUCAGAAAAAAAGUAGUUAUKGUUUCUAGGAUGAUGUCACAACUCUUUUGAAAGUAUCUUCCAGUUAUAUUUGAACUACUUCUGGAUAUUCUACUUAAGUGCUAGUUAUAUAAUUGUCAGUGUGGCCUAAUUAAAGGACUGUGCUGCACUUACUAAAUACUAAUAUCUAUGUUGGUAUAGUAAUGCCAUUAAAAGAAAAAGAAACAAAUCCCAUGGAUCUACCUGUGGUAGGAAGGGUAGAUCUUCCAUUGUAUGGUAACAUGCUGGGUAAAAUGACUGCAGGUUCAGUCAAGCUGUAUGAUGAGGUGCAUGUAUUCUAUUUUCACUAACUUAUACCUGUCUAUUUAGAAUACAGGUCUUCCAAGCAGCUGGUAGAUUACCAGGUGUGGACUUAAGUUGCUGGGCUUGCAAUAGGAAUUGCCAGCCCUCAUAGUGCGGGUCUGUGUGGGGCUUUAAUCAGUAAAUGCCUCCACRUUAUGUAUUACAGUAACAUUGGCUCAUGUAUAUUACUUCCUGCUGCUGAUGUAUUUUUCCAUUGUAAAACAAAAGUUUUAGUGUGGAUUAACCAGGUCUUUAUUUUCUGUUAAUUUAAUAACAAGCAUUACUGUAGUGUGAUUGUGUAUAGUUAUCCCUUAGCUGUCAGGUUUUUUACUUUGGGGGGGAAGCAAACUUCAGGAAUAUCCUGUGCUGUGUGUGCAGGAGAGCAGAUGCCUAGUGCUGCUCUGGCAUUAAUUCCAGGAACCACUAGCAGUAGCGGGGUGCCGCCAAUGUAACAUGAACACAGGUGCUUCAUGACAAACCUUACUAGCAUGUUCAGCUGCAUCAUGUUCUGGCACUGUAUUUUGAAUGACAUUAAUUUAUUAAAAAAGACUGAAUCCAACUGCCUGAGUAUGCUUUUUGGUUGAAA